AUGGAACGGCUCAGGCAAUUCAGGUGGGCCCAAAGUAGACGCCACCAGUCUCAAGAACGUGAGACUGGCGGCAGUGCUGGCCCACAGGAUAUCUUCCAAAAAGUACUACUCAAGAGCGAAGCCAUUGCCGUUCAGCGAGUGACAAGUUUUGAGGAUUUCAAGCGGACGCUUCUGGGAGGCCAUCCCCCUCCACUGGAGAGGGUCAACGGCACGGGAACUCGGGUGGACAAGGAAGACGACGGCAGCUCAAGAAACCGCAGCCACGGACACAUACAGGAGGGCCUGCCUAGGCGUCCCAUCAUUCAUCUGCCUCAGGGUGGAGCCAUUUUGAAAUCCAGAUUGGUCAGCGCUCAUCCACCGCUGGCAGCUACUAGCAGUAGAGUCCGUCCUAGAGCAAUGCUAGGUGUAACCGGUCGAAAGCGCCGACGCAGUAUUGAACCUGAGGAUCAGACAGUGAUGGGAACUGCGGAUGAAGAAGGCGGGUGGGAAGAAAACUGGCAGGAACUGUCGCCGGAUGAUCCUGAUCAUGACAAGGACUAUAAAAACUACGGGGAGACGCAGACCACAGAAGCGCCAUCUCCAUGGAGGAGUGGAACAAUGCUUAACAACGUAGCCGCGUUUAGUACGCACACACCCAAGAGUAAUCAGAUGUGUUUUGUUAACGCAGAUUCCGAUUCUGAACUACGCAAUGCCUACUUUGAGUACCGGGAAUUUGUAAAAUAUGCCUGCUCGCCACAGAACCGAACUCUCUGCACGCAGUCGCUCCUGGGCAUGGAACAAGAGAAGGCUACGCUCUUCCUGCCCCCGGGGGUUUACGUAAAACGCUGCAAUAAUCCCACCCAUUCCACGCGUUUGACCUACACUAGUCAGCGAGCCCUCUACUACCCCGGCGCCAACACCUAUCCCUACUCGUCUGAUCCAAACCGACGACCCACGCCUUCCUGCGUCGCCCCAGACGGUGGUUAUGGAGAAACGGAAAGUUACGGCUACGAGAACGUCGGUUCUUGCAGUUGUCCGACUCCGGGAGAGGAGUGUUUGCCCACGAAGGUCGCCCUCAAAAUGCAUUCAGUAGCUCUGGUGAACACCACUACUGGCAAAGUGUCAACAGAAUUGAUAGCACUUACAGAACAUCUUGAAUGCGGAUGCCGUUCCAGUGCCAGGCUUUGCGUGCCGCCGCUCCAAUUAGUAGAAUUUACUGCAGAUGACUGUUCCUGCGCUUGUCCUGAAGGCGAUGCACGUUGUGAAGCCCUACUCGACGGCAAGACUGCCUUCACGGAGGCUGAACUUCCAAUUCCACUCAACGGAUCUUUCAUCUUGCCUCCCUGCCACUAUGGUCCCAUGGACGACAUCCAUCUUUACUAUCGGCGAUGUCCCGGACCGAUGAGGUAG